AUGACAAUGCAGAGAGUAUUUGGAAAGAUACAGGUCAUCUUGGGACCGAUGUUUAGUGGAAAGACUACAGAGCUUAUUAGAAGGAUAAAGAGGUUCAACUUUGCAAACAAGAAGUGUCUGGUCAUAAAAUACAGUAGAGAUACAAGAUACAAUGGAGGAGAGACUCAAGAUAAUAUACUAUUUACUCAUGAUAAAUUGAACUACACUGCUCUGCCUUGUACUAAAUUGGAAGAGGCACGCUUACAUGUUAAAGACUAUGAUGUCAUUGGUAUCGAUGAAGGACAGUUCUUCACAGAUGUAGUACCCUUUAGUGAAGAGUUGGCAAACAAUGGAAAGACUGUGAUUGUAGCAGCAUUGGAUGGAACAUUCCAGAGGAAUCCAUUUGGUACAGUGCUCGACCUGGUGCCCAAGUCUGAGAUGGUCACCAAGUUGUCGGCAGUCUGUAUGAUCUGUUUCAAAGAUGCACCAUUCUCCAAGAGAAUAGUACAAGACGAUCGCGUUGAACUUAUAGGUGGAGCUGACAAGUAUAUCUCUGUGUGUAGAGAGUGUUACCAUUCUGAUUACAAGCCACCAGCAUCAUCCAAACCAUAG